AUGGCAGACAUUGGCAUUCAUGCUCCCCAUGGACCUGAUAUGUCUGCCCGGCAUCCAUCUAUGGUCACCCCCCAAUUCGCCAUGGACGAGGAUGAGUCUCGAGUGUUCAACCGACUGCUGAAGCCUGAUGAUUCUUACACCCCAGAAGGUGUUUACUGGGCUGAUCUCAACUUCUUCAAGCGUGCAAAGUUCGUACUCAAGAACGAUGCUGCCGAGACAAGUCGUGAGGCUGGUAACGUCUGGCGAAUGUUCAAGAAGGACCCUCUGUCACCAGUAGCUUACUACUUCCGCAACAUGGUGCUACCUGGAGCAGGACUCGGUCUAGAAGGUUACGUCCUAUUCUCGAUAGGCAAUUUGAAGCCCCUGUUCGCAGCUGGCUUUCCGAAUUGUUGGGGUACUCGUGGAACUGCAUGCAGUCAUACCUGGUUAGCAGCAAUCGAAUACAUGGAGAUUGUUGGCAUCAUUGUCGGUCAAAUCCUUGUCGGUGUCAUUGGUGACUGGCUCGGCCGGCGAUGGGGUCUGAUUCAAGACGCAGUAAUCAUGUUCAUCGGUCUUGUCAUGUUGGUUUCGAUGUGGGGUGUCACUCUGAACGGCUGGAUCAUCUGUUAUGUGUGGUCUCUCUUUCUCUACGGUGUUGGUGUAGGCGGAGAAUAUCCCAUGACUGCCACUUCUGGUAUGGAAAACGCAGUCGGCUCUGGCAAAAUUUCAACCAAAGAGGACCGCUUGCACCGAGGACGCAAAGUAACAAGUGCUUUCUUGAUGCAAGGCUGGGGUCAAUUCUUCAACCAAGUCCUCCUCAUUUUGUUACUGCUAAUAUUCCACCAUGGAAGUGGCAAUCCUCCCUACUCGAAGGUCGCCGUACAAUGGACAUUCCGAAUCUCUUUCGCGAUCCCAGCUGUUGGCACUCUCUGGCUAGUCUACUAUCGUACUUAUAAGAUGAAAUCAGCUUCUAAGCAGUUGCAACUACAGAAGAAGAAAUCGAAUGUGACUGGUUACGACACACAAUCUCUCAAAAUGACCUUCUACCACUUCGGCGGCCGUAUGCUCGCUACAGCCGGCUGUUGGUAUAUGAACGACGUGUUUUUCUACGGUAACAAGCUGUUCCAGAGCGAGUUCAUUGGCAUCGUUACAAAUCACAGUAAUUCGAUCAUGCCAGGCUGGUUGUACAAUUUGAUCAAUGUCGGAGUCUCACUCUGUGGAUAUUAUCUGGCAUCCUUCCUCAUCGACAACAAGCUGUACGGUCGCAAGCACAUGCAGACACUCGGCUUCCUUAUGGAUUUUAUACUCUUUGCUAUUCCAGCCUUCAACCUUGAAUACUAUACUAGUCCAGAACACAUCACGGAAUUUCAGGCGAUGUAUUUCUUGUCAUCAUUCUUCAACCAAUUCGGACCGAAUUCUGUCACCUUCAUCGCGGCGGCUGAGGUGUACCCGACAGCUGUCAGAGCAACUGCACACGGCUUCAGUGCUGCUUGGGGAAAGCUCGGUGCACUGACCGCUGCGGUUCUUUACAACUACAUCGAUACCCAGACCAAGUUCUAUGUUGUACCUUGGUUCGGUCUCGCCGGUGUCGCCCUCUCGGUCCUCUUCUUGCCCGAUACCACUGGUCUUGACCUUAAGGAGCAGGAGCGUCGGUGGGCAUUCAUCCGAGCCGGUCGUGCUCAAGAAUACCAUGGUGUCGCCGUGCACCCCAAGCACUUGUCGGCUUGGGAACGGUUCCGAGGCUUGAGCAAGCAAUAUGACGCCGACCUUGAUUAUGCUCAGCGAGUGGAAGAGAUGAGAAAGGAAUGGGAAGUCAUGAUGCAAGAGAAGGCUGAUGAAAAGGCCGGUCAUCUCGAUGAACAGGAUUGGGAAGACCUUGACCACGAGUUCAGCCAUGAGGUACACUCAUAUUUCAAGAAGACCACGAACUCGCCCAUGCUGCAAGGUAUGGAACGUGAGAAACGGUCGCCAACUCUUAACGGUCAAAAUGGCUAUUCGGACAACGAAGUCGACGAGAAGCGUGCUGUGUAG